ACGAGGAACACCAUGCGACGGUUUAUGUUACAUUGAGACUGGUUAAACUGUCUUUGACGUGGCUGUCCAAUGAAGAUUUUUAUACUACUGAGCACGGUUUUCAUCUGUCUUUUCCCGAAUACAGUAGCAGGAAAGUUUGUGUUCUCUUAUGACACUACACUUGCCUUGGAGGGAUCCAAUACGACACUUAUCUGCCAAGAUACAGACAGCAAAGUGCCACUAAACAUAACCUGGUCCUUUCAAGGUACCUCGGGUCAUUUCGUACUGUUUGAAAAUGGUCUGGCGCCUAAUCUCAGUGAAAACAAAUACAAGCUGUCAAACGCAGCGACUAAACUGCAGAUUAAUAAGCUUUGCGCCAACGACACUGGAAAGUACAUUUGUUGCAUCCGAGGAAAACAUGGAGAGACUAUUCUGAGUGCUACGGCUCUUUUGACCGUGGAAGCUUUUUCCCGAAAUGGCCGACCCGCGAAUAAUCUACAUCCCGUAACUACAGCGCCUUCCGCAAGUGCUUCAAAUCCCAAAAAUUCUUCCAAUGCGUUGAAUGCAUCAGAUCCCGUGAGUGCAGCAAAUCCCUCGAAGGCAUCAAAUCCCGCGAGCACAGGGCAUUCCGGAGGUAUGCUAUCCUCAUCACAAGGAGAAGUUCCUGCUCCCUUAAACAAACUUCAACCGUCACCCACAGUAGAAUCUACUCUACCAACUACCGUGCGAGGAACAACAUCUCAUCCUGUUUUGUCGGCCUUGUCGAAAAAUCCUGAUGGAAGUACUCUAGCAAGCCAGAGUUGUGGCAACCUCAGUGACGACACAGCGACCGCAGUUGCGUUCAACGAAAACGAGACUUCACCCAGUUUGAUGAUGAUCAAGGAAGAAGGACGAUUGAAACUGCAAUGCAGUUAUUGUGUGAAAUCUUCCAACCAGGCAGUCAGUCUAUUCUGGUACAAGGAGAAUCAGGUG